GUGUGUGUGUGUGUGUGUUAUUACACUCCUGUCCGUUGCUUUUGGUAAGAACUUGCAGAAACAAAAGCUCAAGUCUCAGCUGAAACAUUUCUUGUCUGCCUUUUGCAUCAGGAGUGUGUGAAUAUUACUUGUUUAUCAGGUGUGUGUGAGUUGUUUGGCGGUGUGUGUGUGAGUGUGUGGUGUGUUUUACUGUAUUUCUGAGAGGAUUUGUACUAAAGCAGAGCCUGGGAGCGACAGAAGAGUCUGGAGAAGAUUGUACUGCAUACUGUUUUCCUAAUGUGGUGCACCAUGGAGGUGUGACUGAUCCUGAAAGCUGCCAUGACCCAGAUUGGGAUUGACAAAUCUCACCUGCCGCACAUCUACGACGUGUGUCAGUGUUUCUCGAUGCUGGAAGACGGAGCUCUGGCUCACAGCCUUCAGGAGCAGGAGAUCGAGCAGUUCUACAGCUCCAACGUGCAGAAGAACCAGGCGGUGCAGAAUGACGUGCGCUUGGCUCGCAGGAUGCAGGACGAGGAGGAGGAGAGGGUCCGUCUCACACACCAGCUCCAGCAGCUGGAGGAGCAGGACUGCGAGUACGCGAGGGUGAUUCAGGAAGAGCUGCGGCGAUGCGACCAAGAAGCUCAGAGGAGGGAGGAGGAGGAUGAGGAGAUGGCCAAGCGGCUGCAGGAGGAGGAAGAAUCGAAGAUUAGACAGGAGAGAGCCGAGGCUGGUUACCACCAGGACAGAGGAGACUCGCUGCUCAGCCACGGGUUAGGGCUCUGGGAGCAGAUAAUGCGGGAUGCUGAACUGGCUCGUAGUCUGCAGGAGGAGGAGGACAAACAGCCUCACAGGAGGAGCACUGAAACUGACGUGGACUUCCGUACGGUACAAGUGGCCCAAGAUGAGGAACUCGCUCGCUACAUGCAGCGACAGGAGAAGAAGAGCAACAGGAGGUCACGUGACCUGCUGGCUCUGGAGAGGUCACAUGAUCCAAGAAGCACAGGCAGAAAAGUGCCGAGAGAGAGACUAAACUCCGAGGGCCUGCACUCACCUGUGGAAGAGGAACCAUCCCUGGAUCAGCACCCACUAAUCCCCACAUGCACUACUCUACACACACACCCCUUCCACAACAUCGCAGAAGAACUGGACCCGACGUUCACCGGCAGGAAACGGGAAAGCCGGACCUCGACCGGCCCAUCGCCAGGGAUCUGCCUGGCUCCUCGCACGCCUCACAGUGUUUUCUACGACUACCUUCCAGAACCUUCCCUCAUCCCGCCGAGCAGACGCCACGCCGACAAAUCGGGACGCCACAAACACAAAGAGAAACGGGAAAGCUGUAAGCAGCAGUAGAGGGAUGGGUGUGUCUUUAGUUGUGCUCUGCCUGAUAAAUAAGGAAUAAAACACAGCGGGGUGGUGCGAUGAAGCUGAGUUACUGUUACCACCACAAAGUUGAUUAUUUUCCUAUAACAGCACACCCUGAAGUGUUUUAUUCCUCUACACCACAGCAGUUUGCCAACGAUUACAAGUUUUCAUUAACUGAAUAAUGAUCUGUCGUACAUUUUGUCCAUUUAUAAUUACAUUUAAUGUUGGGAUUUUAGUUCCUGUUCUCGCUUACGUUAUAGCAGCUGUAAACAGUCUUUCCCUCACCAGCCUCUUGAAGUUAAUAAGUCAGAAAUAACGCGGCUUGUCAUGUUAUCUCAAAGCUGUUUUCAGACACUUGCUUGUGUCUGAAAACUUAGGUUUACCUCUGACUGUUACAAAGCACUGACACUGGAGACUCCUUCCAUUUGUAGUGCAUUUAUGUUGAGUGUCCACCCCUGUGAAUAGUCCCUGUAAAAGCUGCUGUUAUACAAAAUUACUCAACACCUCCUGACCAAUCAGAGACGAGAAUUCAACACAGCGUUGUGGUACAAAACACUAUAAUAGAAACCUAAUAAAAUUAUUGUACAUUAGAGUUCAAAAGUCUGAGUCCACUGCCAAGAGCACUGUCAUUAUACACUAUACAGCUAAAAGCAUGUGGACACCUGGGUGUUGAACAUCCCGUUCCAAAAGCACAGGCACUGAUGUUGAGUUGUUCCCCCUUCGCUGUUGUAAUAACCUCCACUCUUCUGGGGUUGGCUUUCCAUUUUAGUCAAACAGCAUCAGUCUUCAGUAAUAGAAAUCCAAGCAAAAAGUAUUAUUUAGUGAAGACGUGUGGUGAUGAUGCACACAUGACCACGAAUAGAUUCGAUUAUUAAGAAAUGACAAGGAAGACUGUUUUGGGAGCAUAAUAAUGUUGUCAUUAUAAAAAUAUAAUGUACUAUAUAUUUAAAAUGUCAAUCAGCAUGCUUUAUAGUGGAACCAGGAAUUAGAGAUUCUGAAAAGAAAAGAAAAAAAAAAAAGGGAAAAAAAACUGUCUAAAAAAUUAAAGUAGGUAAUAAUAACAAUGCAACAAUUAAAAACAUUGAGCGAGUGAAAUAAAAAUGUGUUCCAGAUCUUUGGUGCAUAAAAAUGAAUAUAGUUUUAUAGAGAGAGUUCAGCAUCAUUUGGAGCAUUCACAUACAUAACAAGGUGCUAAAUUAUUAAAAUAUGUAAUUUAACAAAAAAAAAAAAAGUAAAUUCAAAAGAAACCAUGCAGCCAGUGCAGUGGCGUAAUAAGAGCUCUUUUCCUGGUGUGUAUCAAGCAUUUUUAAAUAAGUAGUCCUUUUCUUGCAUUUCGAGGGUUUUAAUCAGUGAUUAUUAUUCCAUAAAUUAUAACAAAAAAAAACAAAAAACAAUGGUUUUAGUAAUAUUUCUAGUUUUAGUAAUAAGUCAAGGUGCAAUUUAAAAGUUAAAUCAGAAUCCAGAAUUAUUAGUUUGUCUGUAGAGGCAGAUUUCCACAGUUUAUCAUGCCCUUUUUCCAUUUAGUUUCACUAUCAAUUACAGAGAAUUUCUGUUUAUUAUUUGUUUUUAAAAGUAAUUCAUGCAGCAGUACUGGAUAUACAGGUUAGCACUUUGUUUUGGACACUGAGAUAAUCUGGUGUAUCAGUAGCAUUGCUGUGAACCUUGAUGAAUAACCAGAACUCGUGUUAGCAUAUACACAAAAAAUUAAAAAUUGGACAGAGUACCGAGCCUUGCGGUACACCAUAGAGCGGAGGUAUUCAAACUGUGGGGAAGGAAUUGCAACCGGGGAACAGGGGAGAUGGAAAAUACCGAAAAGUACAUAUAUAAAUUUCAUACCUUUUUUUUUUUUUCAAACCGUUUCAUACCUGGCAACCUUUACAUAUUUUGCAUAGGAGCUUCACAUUUUAAAAUCAAACUUCAAAAAUAUGCCAAAAGAGCAGGCUUACUUUUUUCCAUUAAAAAAACGUCAGAUGAGUCACUCGACACACUCGACACGAGUCCUGAAUGCUCUGCACUCGAAAAACGUGUUGAUGUGAUACGGCGCUCUCGCUUUCUGUCACAGCAGAUGGAGAUUUAUUUUUUUUAGUCAAUUCAUGUGAAAUAAAAGUCUUUCAGUGCGUGUCCGAAUUAACUAGCGUUAAAUAAUUACAUAACAUCUGUUAACUAUACUAUGUUUUAGGGAUACACAGAAAUAUUGAUUACGGUCGAAAGUAAUCAAAAACGGCACGUUUGGUUUCGGCUGAAAUAAAAGUAAAAAGUCUGAAAAUUUUGACUAGAAAAAAGCCAUUGAAUAGGCCUACGAUGACAUUUCAAGUCUAACACUUUACUAAUAAUGUUGCUGGUACUUUAACAGGACUGUGAUUUUAAACGCUGUUUGUUUCCUUUGCUCCUGUGCGACCGUCAGAAGCCAUUCAGGGUCUCGGGAGGGACAUGAGACCGUUAGACAAGCGAUUUGUAAAACGAUCGUAUCAAAAAUGUAUUGUGUUAUAUCUUUACUGUUCCCUGCGUUUACUACUCUCUUCUGCUGUAUUAUAAGACUGUGGUUUUGUUUUAUUUCAUUUUAUUUUCCAGUUAAUAAUAGGCAAUAAUUUGACAAGUUUUUUUUUUUUUUUUGGCCCUGGCAGAGUUGAGGGGAGGCGCGAGUUCUCAAAAAACUGGGAAGUGGGGCUCAUGGGGAAAAAGAUUGAAUACGUCUGCCAUAGAGAAUAUCAUAUUCAUCUGAAGACCAUUUAAAUGACAGUAGUAUUUAUGACAACCUUUUGGUUAAACUGGGACAAUUUUGAGUAAAGUAAAGGUUUUAUAUUGUUUUUGAUAUUGGCUGAAAUAUCUUUGACUACAUUUAAAAAAAAAAGGAAAAAAAAAGCUUGUUUGGACUCAGAUUUUUGAGGCCUAUAGUACAUAAACGAAUAACAAAAACAAAUAAAUAAUAAUAAAUAUAAUAAUAAUAAAUAAUAACAAAAAAAACAAAAAAUGAAUUGAAAAGCACAUUAGAUUCAUGCACAAUCAGUAAAAUCUGUUUUAUAAAUCAGAGACUACUGAUAUUGCAGUAUACAGUGUGUCUUUGGGAUUUUUUUUUUUUUUGUAAGGAUACUCAGCUAAUGCCUUGGUAUAUUUUGCGCACUCAUCCAAUUUUUAUUUUAUUUUUUGAUUAUCUUAACAAACUUGCACUGUACACUAAGUACUUACAGAUUACAUUUCACUCUUAGCUAUGUAAUAGUUGUAACGAAGCUCUGAAUAAAGCUCUGUUGUUUUAAACGACAGUAAUGUGUACACACCUCAA